ACUCAGAGUUGCUAUUAAUAGAAAUUUGCAGCUGGCAACUCCCUUUUCGUACAAGUGUCGCCUGGCGUGAACACGCGGAUUUUACUUCGUGGAUUUUUUCAAACGUUAAAUAAGCUGCCGAAAUGACAAAGAAGCGUCGCAAUGGUGGACGCAACAAGCACAAUCGCGGCCAUGUGAAGCCCGUGCGCUGCACCAACUGUGCCCGUUGUGUGCCCAAGGACAAGGCCAUCAAGAAGUUUGUCAUCCGCAACAUUGUCGAGGCGGCCGCUGUGCGCGACAUCAGCGAGGCCAGCAUCUGGGACACCUAUGUGCUGCCCAAACUCUAUGCGAAGCUCCACUACUGCGUCUCCUGCGCCAUCCACUCCAAGGUGGUGCGCAAUCGCUCGCGUGAGGCACGUCGCAUUCGUACGCCGCCCGUGCGCUCCUUCCCCAAGGAUAUGCAACGUAACAACAACCAGAAUAGGAAGUAAAAUUUCGUUAAAUUGAAGGCGGCUUGCUUAUAGAAACAACAACCACCAGCUACAACAACAACAAGAAGAAGAAUCCACAUCCACACAUUAAUAUUGUAACAGUUCAUUGGUAUGGCAAUGCCGACGUUGCCGGCGUUGCCAAAUAUAUAAGCAUUCGUGUUUUUUUAAAAACAA